AUGCAGCUGCGCGCGGAAAUCGUUGGCUGGACUGCCCAGCAUUUCAUCGAAAAUUUGGAGGGCAUGUCAGGGUUGCCCACUAACAACCUUCCACGCAGUCACUGGCUAUCUGCAGCCCCCUCCCCAAUCUUUCCAAGGAAGCCAAAGAACGAUAACAUCUGUUUCGUGACAAGUGGCACUUUCUUGAAGAUGAUGUGCAGCACUGUUCUGCAUAUCAUGACCUUGGGAUGA